UAGGAAAGUUAACAAUGAUUAAAUACAGCGUAAUUGCGUGUUUACUUGUGAUACUUCUGGGCACCGAAACCCAAAUAAGCAAUGGAGCCAACAUUUUGGGAAUUUUCGGCACGCACAGUCCUUCCCAUGUGAUCGUGCACAUGGCAGUAAUGAAAACUCUGGCCGAUCGGGGUCACAACAUCACGGUGGUGACCCAAAUGAAGCCCAAACUGGCGGCCCAUGAAAAUAUAACAGUUAUUGUGGCGCCACCCACACCGGAACGACAAAAGUUUAUAAAGGAAUAUAUGGCCGAAACAUCCAACGAUAAGACUUCCAUCUGGAAGACCUUUGCUAAAGCCGUUGUCCAAGCGGGUGAACAGUUCGAAGGGCAGAUGGAGUUCAUGGUUCAUCCCAGUUUCAAGGAGCUCUACGAAAUCCCACAGACGAAGUUUGAUUUAGUGUUUUUGGGUUCGAUGGCCAACGACUUUCAGCUAGGAAUUGCUGCUAAGCUCAACUGCCCGGUUAUUAUAACUUGGGUGGGAGUGCCUUUGCCUUUCAUGGAUAGUGUUGUUGGAAAUGUCAAUGAUCCUUCCUAUGUACCCAGUUUAAAUGUGGUCCUUGAUGAGGGGCAGAACACCAUGAAUUUUAAACAAAGAUUUGGAAACUUCUUCAAGCAUUCCUUCUUGAGCACUAUUUAUUACCUAUUGAACUGGAAGAUGAACCAGAUGUAUAUACGAGCUUUUGCCAAUGAAUCAAGCACGGAGUUUCCAACCUAUUAUGAGAUGAAACGUCGCAUCUCCUUGCUGUUCUACAAUUACCAUUCUCCCAGCGAAGGACCCAUUAGACCCACAGUUCCCGCGUCGAUUGAAAUCGGUGGAAUUCAAGUGAAGGAGCAACCCGAUCCACUGCCCAAGGAGCUAAAAGAGUUCCUAGAUAAUGCUGACGAUGGAGCAAUAUUCUUCAGUUUGGGCACCAAUGUGAAUACAAAUACCUUUCGACCGGACGUCGUGGAUAUCCUGUACAAGGUGCUGUCCAAAUUGCCACAGAGAGUGGUUUGGAAAUGGGAGGACCCUAAAAACAAGCCGGGCAAUGCCUCUAACAUAUACUUUAACAACUGGCUGCCACAGGACGAUAUCCUGGCUCAUCCUAAGACCAAAUUGUUCAUAACUCAUGCAGGAAAGGGUGGAGUGGCGGAGGCCCAAUAUCAUGGAGUACCAAUGCUGGCAAUACCAAUUUUCGGAGACCAACAGGGAAAUGCUGAGAUCAUGACAAAAUCUGGCUUUGGUCGUUGGCUGGAUAUUGUCACAUUGACGGCGGAAGAAUUGGAGGAGAGUAUCCAUGAAGUGUUGGAGAAUCCCUCAUACCGCGAGACUAUCGGAAAGUUUUCCAACCUCUACAGGGAUCGUCCUUUAACGGCCCGUCAAUCGGUUGUCUACUGGACCGAAUACGUUUUGCGACAUCGGGGAGCCUUUCAUCUACAAAGUCCUCUCAUUCACAUGGAUUUCGUAUCCAGAAAUAAUCUUGAUGUCCAUGUAGUGGUUCUCAUUGUCAGUCUGGUCCUCUUCUACAUUUUCAUAGUGAUAUUUAAAAUUUUAUUUCGCAAAAUUAUCAAUGUUGUGCAUGGCCACAGUUAUCAAUCGAAAGCCCCGCGCAACAAGCUUAAAGAUAAUUAAUCGUAGAGCCUUCUUAUCUAUGCGUAUAAGUAAUAUCAGUUAGUAUUAUGAAAUACAAAUAGGAAAUCUAUGCGUAGGUUGCGUAUUAAUACAUAAUAAAUAUUAUAAAUUAAAUACUUUACUCUUACUGCCUUAAAAAAAUAAUCGAAAGCCUGAGAGGAAUACUAAUAAAGAUAAAAGCUUUGCCAGA